CCGCUUCAGCUUAGCUCUCAUCUGGCACUGGUGUUGACACUGACAGCAGUCACUGUCUUACUGUCUUUCAUCACAAAACAAGUCGAGGGCUACUGGGUAUCCUACAGCACUACCUAUGCCUAGAGUUCCCUCUGUGUCGCCGGCGACCGGUAACCCCACGCCCUCUCACUUCAUCCAUACCCUCGACAGUCACUUCGUCGACAAUGCCGGGAGAACAAUCUUGCUGAGAGGGGUCAACCUUUCCGGCGAUAACAAAGCACCAGUUGAUUGCCCCUCAUAUAUCCUCAACGGUUUCUGGGAGACUGGAGAGAACGGCGACUAUGACUUUCUUGGCAGACCAUUGAAUCUCGAGGACGGCUCAGCCGACGUACACCUUGCGCGAUUGAGAGGGUGGGGCUUCAAUAUGCUGAGAUAUGUUGUCACUUGGGAAGCAUUAGAGCAUGCUGGGCCCGGCAAAUACGACUAUGAAUUCAUGGAUUACACCGUCCGCGUCCUGCGGAAAUGCAAAGACCAUGGAUUCAAGGUGUACAUGGAUCCACAUCAAGACAUUUGGUCACGCUUCUCCGGAGGCUCUGGCGCACCAUACUGGACACUUCCUGCGUGUGGAUUUGAUCCCCGGCACUUCAGUCCAACGCAAUCGGCUAUCGUUCAUGCCGAGUACCCCAGCCCCUCGUCUCCAAAGCCUGUCGAAUUGCCAGCGAUGAUUUGGAGUACGAAUUAUGGGCGUCUCGCAUCACAGACGCUCUUCACGCUCUUCUUUGCGGGCAGGCAGUACGCCCCGCAAUGCAUCCUUGACGGACAAAACAUACAGGAGUAUCUUCAGUCACACUAUGUCGCGGCAUUCGGUGCGCUGGCCGACCGGAUCCGCGACGCGGGUGACCUGCUCGACGAAUGCGUGAUCGGUUGGGACAGUAUGAACGAGCCGUACGAGGGUUUCUGCGGGUACGAUGACCUGAACACGGUACCAACGAAGCAGACGUCCACACUCAAGAAGGGCACGUACCCUACGCCCGCACAGUCGCUCCGCUUGGGCAUGGGCCAGGCGCAGACGGUAGACAAGUGGAAAUUCGGCAGCAUGGGCCCCUCGCGCGAUGGCUCGGAGACCGUUGACCCCAAAGGCGUUGCUCGAGCCGAACGGCGUGCAUCCGCACUGGGGCUGGCGGCGGGACCCGCGUGGCAGCUGGGCACAUGCAUAUGGGCUCUCCAUGGAGUGUGGGACGUCGAUUCUGGCGAGGUCCUCCAGCCGAACUACUUCAGCACACCGGACAGCGAGCGCGUUCCGCACUUCAUCCAAACGCACUGGCUCGAACAUUGGCAAACGUUUUCCGCACGCAUACGCCAGUCACAUCCAGAGGCGAUUAUGUUCGUCGCGCCUCCCGUGUUCGCACAACCCCCGUCCAUCGCCGAUGAGCAGCUCAAAGGGCGCUGCUGCUACUCCGCUCACUACUACGAUGGACUCACGCUCGUGAGCAGACACUGGAACUGGUUCAACGCCGAUGCGCUGGGCCUCCUCAGAGGGAAGUACUCCUCGACGCUGCCUGCAGUCCGGAUCGGCGAGAGCGCGAUCCGGAAAUGCAUCCAGGAACAGCUGGGCGUGCUGAAGGCCGACGCGCCCAUCCUCGGCCCGUACCCGACGAUCAUCGGCGAGAUCGGCAUCCCGUACGACAUGGACAGCAAGAAGGCGUACGGCUACACGGACGACGGGAAGUACAAGGGCGACUACUCCAGCCAGCAGAAGGCCCUGGACGCGAGCCUGAACGCCGCGGACGGGCCGAACGCGCUGAACUACACCAUCUGGAACUACUGCCCGGACAACUCGCACAUGUGGGGCGACGGGUGGAACAUGGAGGACCUGAGCCUCUGGAGCCCGGACGACCUGCGCUCGCGUGAGGGCCCAAAGAUGGAGCUGAGCGACGCGUCGUCCGCGGUGCUCUUAAAGAAGGGGCCGAACGUCUCCGCGCGCAGCGCCGCGGCCUCGUCGCUGUCCUUGGCCACGCUGGCUGCUGGCUCAGAGGAUGAGACCCUGCGGGUCAGCUAUGAAGCGGCGGCCUUGCGUUGGGAGAACGCGUUUGACUUCCUGACGGACGGUGCACGGGCGGUCAAGGCGUUCUGCCGCCCAUACCCCGUCGCCGUCGUCGGCGUGCCGAAGGACAUCCAGUUCAACAUCGCCAAGGCAGAGUUCACGCUCACCGUCCGUGUCCGACCAGAAGAUGCCCCCUCGCCGGAGCGUCUGGGCGCGCGGUCUGAGCUGGCCACGGAGAUAUAUGUCCCUCUCGUUCACUACGCCGGCGACAAGCUUGUGUCCCGCUACGCAGAGCAGACCUGCGACACACCGAGCACCCUCACGAGCGACGACGCCCUGUCCAAGGAGCCGACUCCGUUCGCAUCGCGGAAUGCGUCGACCGCAAACCUGUCAGUGCAGGCGUCAUCGACGUCUACCUACGACCGGCUGUUCUCCCCCUCGGCUAUACCCUUAGCGCUUUCGGUCGAGGCAUCUGCUGGUCGCUGGGAUGUCGACGGUCAGACAUUACAGUGGUGGUACCCGGUACCGGGUGAUGGCGAAGCAGAUCGUGAGUAUACUAUCACAAUUCGGCGGGCUGGCGGUGCGAUCAAGACUGCUGAGGAGGUGCAAAGUACGCGUAGUCUGUGGGACGAUUGUUGCUCCUUCUUGAAGAGGUGUUGUGUUGUGAUGUGAGUCCUGCCGCCAUUGUUGCUAUCGCUUUGCGUCCGGAUUGGAACGAUUGUCAUUUUGUACUAUAUCAUCCUGGAUUGUAACAGAUACUGCGAACACACGGACCUUUUGAUCAUUCGUUACUAACAUGUCCUCGGCGUGCGCGGUCUCGGAG